AUGCCGGCAACGGAGAAAAAGAGCGGAGUGCGCUCGGCCCCCGCUUUGGAAUACCCGCACGAUUUCUACCGGACCAUGCGGUUUCACCACUGGAGGCGAUUUUGCGAGUUUUGUCAGUACUAUGACCCCCUUGCCGUGCCCAACUGGCGCGCAUGGCUGCAGCAAUGCUCAGGGCACGGGGAAGUGCUGCUUGAGGAGCUGCGGCAGAUUUACGGUCCUGAGCCUGCGCAGCUCAGUGCGCUGGAAAGGGCCAGGACGCGUGGGUCGCCCGACGGCCCACCUGCGACUACGGCUGAGGAGGGCGUUCUGUUCCAGGCCCUGUUUGCGGCCAACGCCCAGGCAAAGCAGCGCGAGGAGCAUCGUGCGGAGUUGGAAAAGGAGGUGGUGGUCUUCUUGGCGGAGAAGGGCAUCUGCUCAAGCGGCGUCUCUGCCCGCCUGGUGGACAGCUUCGGCGGGGACGGGGCGGAACUGUUCCGCGCGCUAGAAGGCGCGCUGGGCCGUCAGCGGGCACCGUCGUUGCGUGCCGCGCCCCCACUGCUAGUUGAUCUGCUCUCGAGUAGAAGCCACGCCGACCCUGGCUGGAGGAACGGGCCUGGCCUUCUCAGGCAUCCGCUGCGACUCGCGGAUGCUGCACUCCCCGCAGCUUCAAAUUUUUUGGAGUGGUCGGAGCGGCCGUCGCCUGGUGCGGCUCCGGUGGGGCCCACCUCUGCAGCCCCUGCCUUUGCCACCUUCCACGCGCCCAGCGGGGGCGCGCACGUGGCGGUGGGACGGCCGGGCGAGCAACACACCGGUUCUUCAGUUUGCGACACGGAAGGCACCACCCACUGCACGUGGUUCAGUCGCGGCGGUAGGCAUGCAUCCGAUGGGCCGGAGGGGAAGUGA